AUGUGGAAAAAAUCUAUUACAAAUAAGUUUUCACAAAUGAUAACUUGUAGCAAAAAAUCAAAUGAAAAAGAGCAAGCAGGUUCGCAUAAAAAUUUACGUAAACAAACACUUACUUUCGAGAAAAACCAAGAAAUUUUAUCAACCAACCUAUUAAUAAAUGAUAUUAAUAUGAAGCAGAGAAAAUCAAUCGAAUCAUUAACAAGCGACAUAGAUAUAGGAGACUCUGGAAAAGAUUAUGGUUCAAUUGCUACCAAAGUUUUGACAACCUCAUGA